AUGCUGUACGUCAAUGUUUGGACGGUCCUAGUAUCUUGUGUAAUCGUGAGAAGGACAAUGUCUUCGCGUUGUUUUAAGAGAUGCAGCAGACGAACUCUGCAGACGUUUGCCCUGGCCUUUUGUUUUAUUGGGUUUUAUGCAAUUUUUUCUGCUCCAAAACCAGCAACAAUGCAUCCAAAGGGGCACAAAGGCAUGAUGGCUGGUGCUUUUAUUGGAAACAUAGUGGAUAACGACACCGAUCCAUUUGCUUUAUAUAAAAAUUUUGGCAGAAAGGACUGGCAUGAUUAUGAAUCGAUGAAACGUGAUGCAUUAAGACAAGGGCUUGGCGAGGGUGGUAAACCAGUGGUAGUAGCAAUUAGCGAAUUUAAAAAACUACGGGAUGAUCUCUACCGUAUAAACGGUUAUGAUGCUUACAUAAGUGAUUUGAUUGCUUUGAAUCGUUCAGUUAAAGAUAUACGGCAUUCUGGAUGCAAGAAUAUGGUUUACCUUGAAAAAUUGCCUACUGUAGGAGUAGUGUUUCCCUUCUAUAAUGAGCACAAUUCUACGCUGCUAAGAAGCGUAUAUUCUGUUAUAAAUCGUUCUCCAAAAGAUAUCAUGAGAGAAAUUAUUCUUGUCGAUGAUGGAAGCACAAAAGCAUUCCUGAAAGAACCACUUGAAGAGUUCCUGAAAAAGGCUGGUCUUAAUCACAUCGUGAAAGUUAUUCGUACGGAAAAAAGAGAAGGAUUAAUUCGGGCGCGCCAAAGAGGUGCACGGCAUAUAACAGCAGAUGUAAUUGUGUUUUUGGAUGCACAUUCAGAAGUAAAUUAUAAUUGGUUGCCACCACUCGUUGAACCAAUUGCACUUGAUUAUAAGAUGGUAGUUUGUCCUUUUAUCGAUGUUAUUGACUGUAAUACUUAUGAGUACCGUGCCCAAGAUGAAGGCGGUAGAGGUUCUUUUGAUUGGGAAUUCAAUUACAAACGCUUGCCUUUAACAGAAGAUAAUAAGAAAAAUCCAACGCGUCCCUUCCAUAGUCCAGUUAUGGCUGGUGGAUAUUUUGCAAUCAGUAGGAAAUGGUUUUGGGAGUUGGGAGGUUAUGAUGAGGGCCUUGAAAUAUGGGGUGGUGAACAGUAUGAACUAUCUUUCAAGGUGUGGCAGUGUCAUGGUACAAUGGUUGAUGCUCCUUGUUCACGAGUUGGACACAUUUAUCGUUGUAAAUAUAUUCCUUUUUCAAAUCCAGGUAUUGGAGAUUUCAUUUCCAGAAAUUACAGAAGAGUUGCUGAAGUAUGGAUGGAUGAAUAUGCAAAGUUUUUAUACAAGCGUCGACCACCAUUGCUUACUGUUGAUUUUGGGGACCUCAGUGAGCAGAAAGCAAUUAGAAGAAGGCUUAAAUGUAAAUCAUUUGAUUGGUUUAUGAAAAAGAUUGCUUUCGAUCAGGAAAAGUUUUAUCCCGCAAUAGAGCCCGAAGAUAGUGCUGAAGGUGAGCUGCGCAAUGUAGCAGCAAAUAAAUGUGUGGAUACGGAUUUCAAAAAUGCCGAAAAGAAGUUUGGUUUACGUAAAUGUGUUAGUGACGACCCAACGAAUCAUGGGGAACAAAAUCUCCGACUUACAUUUUGGCACGAUGUACGACUGCAGACACGAACAAUGUGUUUCGAUGUUUCAGUUUCUGUGAAUAAGGCGCCUAUCGUUUUAUUUUCUUGCCAUGGCAUGCAAGGUAAUCAGCAUUUUAAAUAUCUGCCUGAUAAGCAACAGAUGUAUCAUCCUAUUAGUGAUUUGUGUAUGGAUUGUGAUGUGGAACAAGGAGAAAUUUUCAUGAAUCCUUGUGAUUCGGAACGGCGGAGUCAAAAGUGGACGUGGACGAAAAUUAAUCUGCAAUUAAUUCAGCAGCGUAAUAAAAAAAUAAAAUAG